GCCAGUGGUCGUCUUUGUCGUGUUUUGUUUGUCUACACUGCCAUCUUCCGAAUGGGCUUUUGCAGGAGUCGUAAUGCAGAAACAACAUAAAAUAUUCCCCUAUCAUCGAAAUCGUGAAUGAUCACAUACCACAAGGUAGCUGAGAACAUAAGGUGACAUAAAUUUAACGCCCUCGACCUCUUUAAAAUGUUCACUGAUUAAGCUGACGGAAAACCGUCGGUGUUAAUCAGCCACCAAUGCAAAAGCAUUCUCGGUUCUCUGCGCAAAGUGGCCAUGCCUUAGUUGUUAGAAUGCUCGGCUUGGAAGUGCGCGAUUGUUGAUUUCAGCGCAGUUUGUGUGCAUUUUUCUUCGCCAUGUUGUGCCGUGCCUUAAAUCGUUUUUCUUAGUUCUGAACUGCCACAUGCAGCAACAUCUUAAGGAAUCCAUUAUUCAGCAAGGGUUUCAGUUGGUGAUUAUCACAGCCCGGUUUUGUUACUAACGCUAAAGAGGGAAAUUGUAUCACGCAAUAAUUUGAGCGGCGACAUUUCGGAACAAAAAUGUUCUCCAAGUCCAUGGACGUGAAUAAAAUGCAAGGGAUUCGUCAAAAUACUAAUAAAAAAAUAAGAGGCCUUGAAUGUCCUCACGUUGAUUGAAUAGUGAAAACAUUUAUAAUUACACAUGAGUUAUCAAAUACGAGCAACAUUUUCAGCACAAUGUUGUAGCCUAUACCUGAUAAACUGGGCUCCGUGUAUGCUUCUGCAAUGGCUUUGAAAUAACGAUGUAACAAAGAAAAGUAAUAGGCGUAGCUGAAGUGAUAGACCAGUAUUGCAAACAGUCUGAGGCAUCACCUUCCGAAAAGACAGCUUUAGUAAGUAAAACAAUAAUGAAGCACCUGGACUGGAUUGGCGCUGCCAUUUGAAGUUAUGGCACCAACUCCUAUGACGAAAGCUCUGCUGCUCAUGGCUUGAGAAUUGUAGUGAACCCGUGAUAAUAAAAGCUAACUAUGCUAUAUUUCAACAUAGAAACAUUUUCACGGCCAAUGUUAAAUGACUUUCUUAUAAAACAAAGCGACGCUCCCUCUGUGCAUUAUUUUGCUGGGACUACUUCGUGGACGUCGCCCUGCGCCACUAAUGAAGCAUCGCGAGACAUAUCGCCAUCUCUGACGUCGCGGGAACAGAUCGGAAUAAUCAAGUAAUUGUACUAAUGAAGUAUUAUUUUAGCCGUAAAAUCGCAUGACUCCCAUGGUUGCUAUGUUUUCGGCAACGAAACCAAUGUUAGGAUAAAAGAACUAAAAGAUGAAAGAUAGAAGGUUACUAGAACGUUCGUUCUGAUGUUACUACAAUGCUAACCGGACCUCACGUUUGCCCAUCAAAGCUACGAUUAGGCAGUCUGAUGACGUUCUAAGGGCACGUGGUGGAAACAAUAGACAAAGUAAUUUUAACUGGGUACCAAUAUCGCAGCACACGCAGGCUUGUAGCAAACGUGCCCUAGGAAAGACAGGCACUAACAAAGUAUUGUCCCGCUGCUCUCAUCCCGAGCCUCGCAUUUUUCGUACGAUAGUUUUGUCUAGCCAGAGUGUACUGGCCCUCACUAGUAUGCAUCGUCCAUGAGGGUGGUUGACCGAUAUUACGAUUACGCCACUAACCCUAAAAAAUGUCCAUUCUAGAAUAGAAAAUAAUCGUAUUGGUGUAAAGUUGUGGGCUUGCAAACCACCAUUAAACAACCGCCGGCCAAAGGAUGGCACUUCUCUAUGUUUUUCAUCUCCUGUGCAUAAGCGUCGCACCUCUUGUGGCUUACCCUCACGAAUCCCAGGUUAACGACACGAAAGAUCUUCUUUUGCCAAGAUCGAAGCAUCCAAACUGCUGGCACGUACCACCCCGAAUAGUACCCAGAUGCAUUGGUAACGCCUAUGCAUUCCGGUUCCGUUAUGACUGGUACACGGAGAAGUGUGAGGAAUUUGACGACUGCGAAACAUCGACAACGGGAUUUGAUACACGUGAAGAGUGCCUAAAUGGAUGCAACCCUGACUCCGUUUGUCUCAAAUUAGGAUGGAAGUAUGGCGGACCGUACCGCACUUGGUACACUUACGACUCUGAAGAGGACGACUGCAUCGCGACAAAGACCACCAUCUCCCCCAGUCAGCGUUGGCCGGCGAAUAACGCGUUUCUACGUCUAAGAGAAUGCAGACUAGCAUGCAUGCCCACCUUUGUACAGGAUAUUUACUACUAGGCGUCAUCAAUAAAAAUAUAAAGCUGUGAUAUUUUCUGCAAGAACUUACGGCAUCUUUAGCUAAAAGUCGGGAU